AUGGCCGGAAACUCUCUAAGAUUCGAUGGGCGCGUCGCCAUUGUGACCGGCUCAGGUCGAGGCCUGGGUCGCGAAUAUGCCCUCCUUCUCAGCCGUCUCGGCGCCGCCUUGGUGAUCAACAGCACCAGCUCAUCAACCGCAGAGGCAACUGCCAAAGAAAUCGUCGACGCUGGUGGCAAGGCCGUGAUCCAGAUCGGUAGCGUGGCAGACCGCGAAGUUGCCAAUGCAAUCGUGAAAGCUGCCAUCGACAACUUCGGACGCGUCGACAUCGUCAUCAACAACGCUGGCGGUGCCAAUGGUGGUGACUUCGACCAGACUUCUGACGAUAAGCUCUGGGACAUGCUCGGCGUCCAUGUGGGAGGGUCUUGGAAUGUCACGCAGGCCGCUUGGCCACAUAUGAAGAGUCAAAAGUUUGGUCGCGUUGUCAUGAUCGCAUCGCCUGUUAUGUUUGGUAGCGCUCAACAGUCAACCUACGGAGCUGCCAAGUUGGCCCUUAUGGGGUUGGCCAAGUCUAUAGCCAUUGAAGGCAAGGAGCACAAUAUUCUGGUCAAUACGGUUGCUCCUAUGGCCUAUACGCCUGGUUCUGCCGCCUUUGUUACGGAUGAGCAGACGCAGGCCUUUAUGGAGGCCAGCAUGCCCGCCCGCGAUGUGGCUUCCACGGUGGCAUGGUUGGCUCAUGAGAGCUCCGAGGUCAACGGUGAAACCGUUGCAGCGGUCAGCAGACUCGUUACUCGCAUCUUUCUGGCUGAGAGCAAGGGCUACUUUGGACCCUCGGACCAGGAUUGGACUGUUGAAUCUGUGAGGGACAACUGGCAAAAGGUGAUGGACGAGACUGAGUUUACUAUCCCGACUGAUAUGGCCGAUUUUGGCCCCAAGAUCUUCCAGCGACUUGCUACGCGCCAGUGA